CUUCGAACUCGUGAGAGGGAUUCUCCUGUCGGUUGCCUCAGUGGGGGAGAGAGUGUACCUGCGAUGGUGGACACGCAGGGAUUCCAUUCAAACCCGGCCCUGCAAGUAACAGACAUGGCGUAUAGGAAAGUACGCGCUGGCCACAGUUCUCUCCGAGUGCGAGAUCUGGAGAACGAGGAGCUUCACACGGCUUCCCUGGAACUGGAAUGGGACAUGGAGAAGGAGCUGGAGGAACCGGGUCUGGACCGUUUCCAGCUGGAGUGUGUGGAGCAUCAACCUGUGAGCAGCUCAUCCGGCGGAGGCAUGGACCCAGACCUGGAACCAAUUCAACCCUCCGUCUCCCCCCACGGACGUUUCGAGCGUCUCCAGGAGGACCCUAAUUACGUUUCUCGUUUCAGCCGGUCGGUACCCAAGGGCCAGAGACGGAAUGGGACCUGCUUCGCCAAGUACUUGUUAGCGGGAGUGGGAGUGUUUGCUCUGGGACUGCUCACUGGACGAUACGCCUUCAGCAAGGAGCAAGUAAAGGUAGAGCCAAGUGCAGACACAGAUGUGCUGGAGAAGAUUGUUCAGGGAAUCACAGCAGAGAAGAUACAAGCACUGCAGAGGGACUUUGACAGCUUGUCCGAUCUCACAGAGUAGUCCAAGGUCAGGUACAUCGCUCAGAGGUGGGAGGAGUUCGGAUUAAAAGACGUCCAGGUGACCAAUCACACGGCUCUCUUGAGCUAUCCUGGCCCCGCCCUCAGCACCAUCACCGAUAUAAGUGGAAACCAGUGUUACCUGCCCAGCGGAGCGAAGUGCGACCAGCCGUUCGAAUCCACGACUGAACCAUUUGCCUUUGCGGCUUAUUCGGCUGUGGGAAACCUAGUGGCAGAGGUGGUGGACAUUCAGUAUGGGAGUCCAGAGGAUUUGACACGAGUCCAAGCCAGUGCAAAUGUGACCAAUAAAAUAGCACUGUUGAAACUUGGACAAGCACCUUUAUUGUACAAGCUCUCGCUCCUGGCAGAGAUGGGCUUUGGCGGCUGUCUUCUCUAUGUGGAUCCGUGCGAUGCCCCGUUUGGAAACAAGACGUUCGGGGUGACCCUGAACCCAGGUGGGAACCCAUUUUUUCAAGACGACGCCAAUACUAUCGAAAGAGAUGGUCGACACGACCUGACAUCAUUGCUGGUUCAGCCCAUAUCUGCCUCCUUAGCGAAAGUGCUGCUCUCUGCCCCCGCCACGGGGCAAGGAAGACCCUGCGUCCCCAUGGCCAUGCCCUCAGCCUCAGCAAGAAAAAUCAUAAAUCUAACCAUCGAAAACCAGGCAUCCUUCAAGAGUGUGCACAACGUUAUUGGAUAUCUCAAAGGCAAGACCAAUCCAGAUCGAUAUGUACUGGUUGGCAGUCGUCAUGGCAGCUGGUACGAGGGUGCGUUGGCGGACUGGGGGAAAGGCUCUGCAGUCAUGACUCAGAUCAUCGCUUCCAUGACGGCUCAAACCCGUGCGGGCUGGCAGCCCGACCGCACCAUCGUCUUCUGCUCCUGGGGGGGAACCUCAUUGGGCAACAUCGGCUCUUUUGAGUGGGGGAAGGAGAAUGCAGUGGUUCUUCAGAGCAGGGCAGUGGCUUAUGUCAGCCUGCACAGUCCCGUCAGAGCCCCUGGAUCCCUGCAGGCCAUAGCGUCACCUUCCCUUCAGCAACUGGCGGCUGAAACCCAAAAGAGGCAUUCGAUGGGCUGCAGCAGAGGUAGUUGUCCUGGUCCCAAUGUCAGCUCUCUGCAGACACCUGGAGAUUUGAGCUUUUUCUCCAGUCAGCUUGCCGUACCCACAGUGGAGUUCACAUACUCAGAGUUCCCUAAAACAGAGAGAGCGUUUUUUCUCUCUGAGGCCUUUUUCCCUCCUGAGUCUUCAUUAAGAGAGACCUUGGAUCCAGCCUUCAAACUCCAUGAGACUAUUGCCAAGAUCACAGUCGAGGCCAUCCUGCGGCUCGCUACGGAUCCCGUGCUUCCGUUUUACCCCUUGGAUAUCGCUCUCGAUGUUCAGAACAAACUCAAAGAUGACCCACUUAGCCGGCCGGACCUGCUGAACGUGGCUGCAUCUUUGAGAGACAACUCGGCUUUCUUUCAAUCUGAGGUCAUGCGUCCUGCCAAUGACCCCAAAGAGAGAGAUCCCGCCCACAUACGCAUGCUAAAUGAUGUACUACGAGACUUGGAAAAAAGCUUCCUUAUCCCAAACCCUCCUCUUGGCUUUUACAGGAACAUUCUCUAUUGCCUGAGCAGACAAACUCCAAGCUUCUCUAUCCUGAAGGACGCCCUGGAGGUCCCCUGGCACAACAGCGUCAACCGAUCCCUGACUCUGGUAACCAACGCCAUCAGUUCAGCGGACAAACUAGUAGAAAGCGGACUCGACCUGUUUGAGAAUGAAAACGAUAUCCCGCAAUGACAUCUGGAAAGAGACCGCACCUCACGGCGUCAGAAUAUGACACAAAUCUUCUGGUCGACACCAAGGUCUCAAAGGGAUCUGAAGACCCUUUGACAAAUAGAGGGUAUCAUUAUUAAGUGCACUAUUAACCCGAGGUUCACUUGAGGAAUUUCUUCAGGGCAAUACUAAGUUAUUGUUUUUGUUCCUCUAACGAUGUUCACAAAUGGAUCUAGAAACAUUAAUGAGAAAAGUGUCAGGGAGCUCGCAGGGUCGAGACUUUGUUCUGGGGGAAAACACCAGCAGGUUUAUCAUUUAUAUUUCCAGUCGAUUGGUGGUCAGGACUCAAAACAGGUUCAACUUGAUGUUUGAAACGCGUUUUAAAACGAUUUUAGGAUAUAUUUUAUUUGGUUAACAAUGCUAAGACUAGUCCACCAAGUCCACUAAGACUAGCGACGACCUUUGAAAAAGGAGAAAUGCCGCGACUCAAAAUCAUAAUGAAGUCAGACUUCAUAAUGCAAAACAUACUAACACUGAUAGUGUCUGAAUUAAAAAACGAAAGCUGAAAGAACAAGUAGCGUGUGCUACUGUGACAGUCUCUCAGGGGUGUUUGCUUCACAAUCUGUAGAAAAAUAGGAACGGAACGAAAUAUUUGUUGCAAAAGUGUUUGUGCUUUGUGAACCAAUUAAAGUUGAACUAAGAGAGCUUGAGUCAACAAAACAAGAAUUCAGGGCAAUGCUUGUUCUUAUACUAGAAAAAACAUUUAGGCAAUACAGUAGUGAUACGGUUUGUAAAGUACUAAUAGUUUUGUACAUGAAAGUAGUCAUAGAUCAGGGUUAGUGUUUUAGUUUAUAGUUCAUAAAUUCAAGGUGAACAGAGGCAAGUCUUUAGGAGGGCUGAAUUGAGUUUGCAGUUUGAUUGGGUGACAUUCCACCAAUGAGAAGCCGGGAUGGCAAAUAUAUAAGCUACACAAACAGUGCAGGUGAAUGAUGUCAAUAUGGAUAGUGUCACAGUAAUGUCACGUUAACGUCUUUUAUAUUCCGGCGGCCAGUGUAUUUGUUCCAGCAUUUGCACUAAAGUCGUUUUUUCCUCCGGUAACUAUUUUGGGGGAAUCAAGGUUUUUGAGAGCGACUAAUACCUUCCCGUUUACUUUAGAUGCUUGACUUUUACAGUAGUAGUUCACCCGAAAAUGAAAAUGUGCUGAAAAAUCUACUCACCCUCAGGCCAUCCAAGAUGUAGAUGAGUUUCUUUAUCGGGAAUACGUCUGGGGAAAUGUUGCAUUGCAUCGCUUGUUCGCCGGCGGAUCGGCGAAUGGGUGCCGUCAGAACGAGAGUCCGAACAGCUGAUCAAAAGAUCACGAUAAUCCACAAGUGAUCCGCAUGACUCCAGUCAAUCAUUUAACAUCUGGUGAAGUGAAAAGCUGCGUUUUUGUAAGAAAUAAAGAUGAGAGUGUAUCACGGGUGAAAACAACUCUUAUAUUUUAGCCAAAAGCAAUGAUCUGGGAAUAAAAAUGUGCUAAAACAAUGUCUAUAUCAAACACGCAGAGAUUAACUGAUGUACAGUAGCUGUGUGGAUUAUUGGGAUGUUUUCUUCAGCUGGUUUGCACCCAUUCACCGCAGAACAUCCACUGGCCAGCAUUUUCUACAAACGAUCCGAUGAUAAAACAACCUCCUCGACAUCCCGAGGGUGAGUACGUUUUCAGAACAUUUUCUUUUUUUUUUUUUUUGCGAACGGUUCCUAUAAGUAUGAAAAACAUCUCCAUUAGAAACACGAGAUUCAGGGAAUCUAGUUUGACCCAGCUUUAAUUUAUUGACGUGCCUUCCAAUGAGUCACACACGCUUUUAGAGCAGCGAUUUGCACUCAGAUCUUUCGAUACCAAACGUUUACCAAAAUAUCUUGUUCUGUGCUUGUUUUUAUUUAUAAUGUUUCAUUUGUCAAGUAAUCAUUUGAAAGGACUGUAAAGUUGACUAAAUUAUUUUUGCUGUUUUCUUAUCGUUUCUUAUCCGUUUAGUAACCCCCUGAAACACAUCUUUUUUAGAGAGCAGCCAUUUAAAACUGUGCGUCAUUUUUUCCAGAGUCAGCGUUUCCUUGAUAAUUAUGAUAAACCUAUGAAACAGACACUGCGUUUGCACACAGAGAAAUGCUGUGGACCCGUCUACUGCUGGUUUGCUACGCUAAACAAGCCAGAAGAGUCCAGCUCAUUUGCAUUGCACUAAAACGAACUGUUAAGCUGUCUACCUGACUGUGUGUUUGUACGUGUGCUAUUCUAUUUAUUUAUUUCAUUUUCUAGAGAUUUAUGUAAAUACGUUUAAUUUAAUCUGGCUUUUUAUUUACGUUUUUUUUUUUUUUUUUUUUUUUUUGACCCAAGAGAAUUUUCACGUUCGGUAAUGUUGUGCAUUGCGGUCAUUUGUAUUGUUUAACAUUUGUAUGAAUUUUAUAUUACGUGAAAUCGCCGCAGCUGCAAGAUGCAUGAAGUGUUUUUUUAUUUAGAUUAGGAUAAAGAAGUUAGACACGAGUUUAGAUUUAGAAUGGUAGGCUAUUCAUUCCCGUGGUUAGAAUAAAUGGUGGGGCAGUGAAAUUGCACACGUUAUUGUUUCUCAGUGUAACAACAGAAAACUGACUGCAUUCGAGCAAACGCGUACAAGAUGCAAAGCUGUUACUGGGAUGGUGCCCUCAAUUACAAAAGCUGACUUUAUUUACCCCUGAAUGGUGCAUAUAAGUACAUUUUAGUACUUUAAAAGCACAUAUUAGUACCGUCCUAGUGACGAGCUUUCCAUUGAGUAAACCACACAAAGCAUAAGAGGACUAUUUUGCAAAAGCAACUAUCUGACUUAUCUUGUUCAUUUGGGGAUACUCACCAAAUAAAUUAACUGAUAUGUUUAUUUUUAACAAUACCGAUGUUAAGUUUUGUCACUACAGUUAGCAACUGAGACAAGAUGGCGGAGUUGCGCUUGUUAGGGAAUUUAAGCAGGGAACCUUUUCGACCCCUCACAAAAAUCCCAUUAAAAAGACUGGAUUUCAUCCGUGAAACAUUUCACCUUUACUCGAAGGAGCAGUCUAAUAUCAGAGAGUUGCAGCUGCAAAAUAUGUAAACCGAUAAAUGCCCCGAUUGACCAGUCAGAAUCGAGUAUUUCAGAAAGCCAUGUACUGAAUACACAUGUAGAGUAGAUCUGUGAACACUUUUUUUCCAGUAUUUUUCCCCCGUGGCAUCACGUUAUAGUAAGUAUUGUGGUCAAUGCGGUGCAUGUUAAAUCACUCUUGUAUAUGGGAUGUCAAAGCUUGAGAACACCCGGCGUGAAGAGCAACACUCGAGAACAUAAUUCAUACAAAUGUGUGUUUGGUGACACGUGCUAAAUGACAUUUUAGUGCAUUAAAUGUCCUACACUAAAUGACUUUUAUGUUUUGUCCAGAGGUGGAAUCCAGACUUUUUUUAUAGCCAGUGGGGCAUUAAAUAUAAUUGUGUUGUCUUUAGUUGGAUGUCUCGUGGAGCCACAUGGGUCAGAAAACACCUAAUGGACGGACAAUGUGGACACCGUCGCUGUUUAAAUGGGUGGAAGGUUUUAUUUAAUUCACGGUGUGUUGGAGAAAGCGAUAUAAUGUGAUAUUCAAAAUGCACUAAACUGUAAUAAGGGUAAAGAGGAUUUCAGAUGCAUGUUUUUUUUUCCUCUCUUUCUGCUUAAUUUGUAUGCCACUGAACAUAAACUGAUACUAAGGCAAUAAAUACCAGUGCUGGAAUAACA